AUGUCAGAAUUCUUGUCGACGUCCAUCAUGGGCGUCAGCUUUGAGCUCACGACUCGAUAUGACGACCCCUUACCUGUGGAGCUAGACGCAUUCGGCCUUAUAUGCUCUGCAAAUGACCGCAUUUUAAAGAAAUUGGUCGCUAUUAAGAAAGUGACGAGGCCAUUUGGCUCCGCGACGCUUGCAAAACAGGCUUUUCGAGAAGUAAAAUUGCUCAGAUAUAUGCAACAUGAAAAUAUAAUUGGCUUGUCAGACGUGUUUAUCUCGCCGCAAGAGGAUCUAUAUAUCGUGACAGAAUUAAUGUGGACCAAUCUUCAGCAACUAAUUGCGAAGGGACCAGUCCACGAUGACUUUGCUAGAUACUUCACUUAUCAGAUUUUGCGAGGCUUGAAAUAUGUUCAUUCAGCUGGUAUCAUCCACCGGGACCUUAAACCAAGCAGUCUUUUGAUAAACGAAAAUUGCGACCUACGUAUCUGCAAUUUUGGUCAUGCUCGAUUGCAAGAUCACCAAAUGACAGGCUAUGUCGUCACAAGAUACUACCGUGCUCCAGAGGUCAUGCUUAAUUGGCAAGAAUAUAAUGAGAAAGUCGAUAUUUGGAGCACAGCAUGUAUUCUUGCUGAGAUGUUGCGAGGAAAGCCUCUCUUUCCGGCUACCUCGCACGCCGAACAAUUUAAUCUAUUCGUUCAGCUUCUGGGUAGUCCGUCCGACCGGACCGUGGAAAAGAUUAAGAAUAAAAAUACAAGAGACUUCGUUCAGAAUCUGCCCCAGUGCAAGAAACAGUCAUUUAAAGAGACAUUUCCCGAAAUUAAUAGCUCAGUUUCUGACCUUUUGGAAAAAAUGCUUCUCUUCGACGUGGAUGAUAGAAUGAGCACAGAAAAAGCUCUUUCCCAUACAUACAUGGCACCUUAUCAUGACCCUACCGAUGAGCCGGUUGUCGAAUCCAAAUUCGACUGGCGCUUCGACAAUGCAGAUGUAUCUAUAUCUGCAUGGAAAGCUGCAGUAUUCAAAGAAGUUAUACUCUUCCGCCAACAUUCCACACAAGCGAGAUACCAAGCCACAUUCCGGAAUGCAAUUAUUAAAGCAACUAAUGGACAUCCAACGCCAGAAAAUGAGAGCCCGGGGCAUGUCAAACCGGAUCAUUUAGCGCCAACCCAGGUGGCUAAUUCUGUUACGGCUUUUCCGAUCCAUGAGAUUGAACAUUUCCUUCCUGAUGACGCUGAAAACUUUCUCGAUGAUGACUAUUCCUCAUUUAUUAACGACUUUAAUUAA